GAAGACUUGCUGCAGCAUGCAUGAUGAAAUUGCCACGUAGAAGACCAUCUGUGCGCCUGUGAAACAUUUGUCCUAAAGUUAAACUCCCCGUUCCUCCUGCUGCUUUUCUCCGGUGGUUAUGGUGAGGUAGCAUGCUGCUGUCCGUGCUGAGCUGGCUCUGCUCCUCUCUGCUGCUCUCUGUCAGCGGUGGAAAACUGCCGGAAGCCGAGGUGCAGAUAGAAGUCCUGCACAGACCUUUCCUCUGUCACCGCAAAUCCAAGUACGGAGACAUCCUGCUGGUCCAUCAUGACGCCUACUUUGAAAACGGGACCCAGUUUCACUCCAGUCGAACACAAGGAGACAAGCAGCCAGUGUGGUUCACUCUGGGGAUCAAAGAGGUGAUAAAGGGCUGGGAUAAAGGCCUGCAGAACAUGUGCUCAGGAGAGAAGAGGAAGCUCAUUAUCCCUCCAGCUCUGGCCUAUGGAAAGGAGGGGAAAGGUAAGAUCCCACCUGAAAGCACCCUCACCUUUAUUAUCGAGGUGCUUGAGAUCAGGAAUGGACCAAGGUCACAUGAGUCCUUUCAGGAGAUGGACCUCAACGAUGACUGGAAGCUCUCAAAGAGUGAGGUGAGAGAAUACCUGAGGAAAGAGUUUGAGCGUCAUGGCUACCCUCCGAACGACACUCUUCACGAGAACAUGGUGGAAGAUAUCUUCACCAAAGAGGACGAGAACAAAGACGGCUUCAUCUCUUCCAGAGAGUUCACCUACAAACACGAUGAACUCUGAAGGGUCUUUGUGUGCCAAAAUGCUCUCAGUCAUUCAGAUGUCUUGCCUUCUUAAAGUUCAUGGUGGAAAGUACUUCUUCUGGUACUUGUUGAGUGUUUUACUGAGACUCUCAGGUUAGCUAAUGUCUGUAUGAAGAUUUGCAUAAUAGGACUUCAGCCACCAGCAUUGUUUGUGUUUUGUAAAGAUCAUUUACAGAUGUUAAAGCAUCCUGUUGCACAUUUAGAUUUGAGAACUUGAUUUUUAUUCCUCUUUUAUUAAUAUCUUUUGUGAAACUGCAUACAGAUUUUCCUUGUUCUAUUCUUUAAAAAAGAAUGAAGAGUGAAUGCUUGUGUCAGAGUAUCUUUGGGCAUGAAAUGUAAAAGGAUAUCCAUUUCUAAAUUUCAUUUCCUUUUUAUAUGAUUAGAUUAAUUGAAUUCUCAGUUUGAAAGAAAACAAAUCAAUAGCCUACACUAGUGGAAAGUGGAAAAUAUUGAUCGGUGGAAUGCAGAGAAAAGCAAAAAAUGUUCAAAAGUAGUAAAAGUAAGAAGGUACCUAAAGCAGGCUUUUUUUACUGACUGGGCUAUGUGUGUUAAGUCAUGAAAAUGUGAACUUUUUGCUCACUUUUAACAUAAAACUCAUUCUUAAAGAGUACACUGGGUUCACUGUCUCAAGCAAUAUUUAGACAUUUACAGAGCAUUCAGAAAGUAUUCAGACCCCUUUCACUUUGUUCAGUUUAGUCAUGUUGCAGACUGAUACUACAAAUGUUUAAAUUCAUUUUUUCUCUCGUUAAUCUACACUCAGUACUCCAUAAUGACAAAGUGAACACUUGAAUAUCACAUUGACAUAAGUAGUUAGACCAUGUGCAGCAACACUUGAAAUUUAGCUCAGGUUCCUUUCAUUUUCUUGAUUGUUGCUGGGGUGUUCCUACACCUUGAUUGGAGUCCACCUGUGGUCAAUUAAGUUGACUGGAUGUGAUUUGGAGAGGCACACACCUCUCUAUAGAAAGCCUCACAGCUGACAAUGCAUAUAUGAGCAUUGCAACUUUCUGCAGAGCCCAGAGAUUUGGGAAGGCUACAAAAAGUUCUGCUGCACUGAAGGUUCCCAAGAGCACAGUGGCUUCCAUAAUUCUCACAUGGAAGAAGUUUGACACAACCAGGACUGUUCCAAGAGCUGGUCAUCCAGCCAAACUGAGCUACCAGGGAAUAAAGCUCUUGGUUAUAGAGGUGACCAAGAACCUGUUGGUCACUCUAACCGAGCUCCAGAGAUCCUGUGUGGAGAUGGGACACCAUUCCAGAAGGACAACCAUCACUGCAGACUUCCACCAAUCUAGGCUUUAUGGCAGAGUGGCUAGACGGAAGCCUCUGGUUGCUGCAAAGCAGGAAGAACUCUCAGAAUGUGAGAAACAAGAUCAUCUGUUCAAAUGAAACCAUGAUUGAACUGUUAAAUUCUAAACAUUAUGUCUGGAGGAAACAAGGCACCUGCCAAUACCAUCCAGGGAAGAAAGGUGAUGGUGGCAUCAUGUGUUGGGGGUGUUUUUCAGCUGCAGGGACUGGGAGACUGGUCAAUGUUACAGUCCCCUCCAAAAGUAUUGGAACAGUGGGCCCAAGUCCUUUAAUUUUGCUGUAGACUGAAAACAUUAGGAUUUGACACAAAAAGAUGAAUAUGAUGAAAGUGAUCAACAUUUCAGCUUUAAUUUCCAGGUAUUUACAUCUGCAUCUGAUACACAAAUUAGAAGAUGGUAUUAUUUGUAAUGGAACACCAAAUUCUUAGGUGAGCAAAGGUAUUUGAACAAAGAGACUUAAAACAGUCUAAAGUGAAUAAGACUUGUUUAGUUACAAAUCUUUGUCUUGCAAUACUUGCAUCAAGCCUGUGACCCACUCAGAUCACCAAACUUUUGAAUUCUUCAUUUGUGAUGCUUUUCCUCACUUUCACUGCAGCCUCUUUCAGUUGUUUGUUUUGGGGGGUUAUUCCCUCCAGCCUCCUUUUUAACAGGUUAAAUGCAUGCUCUAUAGGGAUUAAGUCUGAAGGUUAACUUGGCCAGUCUAAAACCUUCCACUUGAUGAAAUCCUUUGUUGUUUUGGCAGUGUGUUUUGCUGCUUGAUGAAGGAUCUCCCAAUCAGUUUGGUUGCA